CCAUCUAUUUUCCACACUCCCACACUCUCUCUCUUCACUCGAAUCUCUCCCUCUCAGAAGAAGAGCCAUUCCAUAGCUUCGCUUCUGCUUUGCUCGCCCCAACCACGACACUGACUUUUUCUCUGAUUUUCAGCUCAACUUGUUGCAUUUCACUCGGAUCGAACCGCUCCUACUUUUUCCUUACUGAUCGUUCAUUUCUCUUUGAGGAACUUUUAUCUUUGUUUCUAGCUGCUGGAUGUCAACAUCAGUCAGAGGGAAGCAUUCUAAAGCUCUGUGUAUCAGAUGAAUUAUAGUACAUAUUGCGUGCUUGACCAGUGCAGCUAUGGGCCUCUGUCUGGUGAAAUGGCAAGGCUUGUGGCUUUACAGUCUACUGCUUUAUCUUUCGAUGAAUACAAGCAGAGCGAUCAGUCCCGAUGGUGAGGCACUUUUGAGCUUUAGGGCAUCAAUUGUUAGUUCAAAUGGUGUCCUUCAGUGGAGACCGGAGGAUCCUGACCCAUGUCAUUGGAGAGGAGUUAGAUGUGAUCCAAAAACAAAGAGAGUAAUUUAUCUGAGUCUUUCGAGUCACAAAUUGAGUGGGUCUUUGUCACCUGACCUUGGGAAGCUUGAGCAGUUGAAAUUCUUAGCACUUCAUAAUAACAACUUUUAUGGGACAAUUCCUUCAGAAUUGGGAAAUUGCACCUUAUUGGAGGGGAUAUACUUGCAGGGUAAUUAUUUUAGCGGUUUAAUACCCAGUGAAUUGGGAAAUCUUCAAGAGUUGAAAGAUCUGGACAUUUCAAGCAACUCUCUUAGCGGAAAUAUUCCUCUGUCUCUUGGGAAGUUGGACAAACUCAAUAGUCUCAAUUUGUCAAACAAUUUUCUUGUUGGACAAAUACCAAGUGAUGGUGUGCUUAUCAACUUUACGGAAAGCUCCUUCAUUGGAAAUCGUGGUCUAUGUGGUAAGCAAAUUAAUUUGACUUGCAAAAAUGACAAUGGAGGAUCUGCGUCAGGCUCCCAAUCCUCAGACUCAGCACCAAAUCAAGCUGGAAAGAGGAAGUACUCUGGUCGGCUACUAAUUAGUGCAUCAGCAACUGUUGGCGCACUUCUUCUUGUGGCUCUUAUGUGCUUCUGGGGUUGUUUUCUUUAUAAGAAAUUCGGAAGGCAUGACAAUAAGAAUUUUGUGAUGGACGUUGGUCGAGGUGCAUCGAUUGUAAUGUUCCAUGGGGACUUGCCCUACUCUUCAAAAGACAUCAUUAAGAAAUUGGAGCAUUUGACUGAGGAAGAUGUUAUAGGUAUUGGGGGUUUUGGGCAAGUAUACAAGCUGGCGAUGGAUGAUGGUAACGUCUUUGCCUUAAAACGAAUCAUGAAGAUUAAUGAGGGCUUUGAUCGGUUUUUUGAGAGGGAACUUGAAAUUCUUGGAAGUAUAAAGCAUCGAUACCUUGUGAAUUUGAGGGGAUAUUGCAAUUCUCCAACGUCAAAGCUGUUAAUCUAUGACUUCCUGUCUGGUGGUAGCCUUGAUGAAGCUCUUCAUGGAGAAAGAUCUGAGCAGUUAGAUUGGGAUGUACGAUUGAAUAUUAUUGUGGGAGCAGCAAAAGGGCUGGCUUACUUGCAUCAUGAUUGCUCACCUAGGAUCAUACAUCGUGACAUUAAGUCCAGCAAUAUUUUGCUUGAUGGAAAUCUUGAAGCUCGAGUUUCUGAUUUUGGACUAGCAAAACUUUUAGAAGAUGAAGAAUCUCACAUUACAACAAUUGUUGCCGGAACAUUCGGUUAUCUAGCUCCAGAGUAUAUGCAAAGUGGUAGAGCAACCGAAAAGAGUGAUGUAUAUAGUUUUGGGGUCCUGGUGCUUGAAGUGUUGAGUGGAAAGCGACCAACAGAUGCAUCUUUUAUUGAAAAGGGUCUUAACAUUGUUGGCUGGCUAAAUUUUCUGUUCACAGAGAACAGGCAGAGAGAGAUUGUUGAUCUACAUUGCGAAGGAGUGCAGUCCGAAAGCCUUGAUGCCUUGAUAUCAGUUGCCUAUCAAUGUGUUUCUUCAAAUCCUGAAGAUCGUCCCACCAUGCACAGGGUUGUCCAGCAGCUUGAGUCUGAAGUCAUGACUCCGUGCCCGAGCGAUUUUUAUGAUUCAAGUUCUGAUUAAGAGCCUUAUCUGCGGUCAAGUUGAAUUAGGGAUGUUAAAUAUUGCAUCAUAAUUGAAGCUACAUCACAUGAGUAGGGCAAGGGCAAACAAUAGAAGAGAGGCUCUGGAUAUGCAAAAGGUUCACAUCUCCAUUCAAUUCGUUCAUUCUUUCUGCAGAUUUAUGACAUUAGAAAGAUGGCCCUGCAUUAUCCGUGCCCCUUCAACCAUUUACAUUUAAUCAAGUAUGUUAGUGGUUGCAUUUCCUUGUUUUUGUUCUUGUUUUGCUAGUGUGCAUUCAACUUAUCUUCCCCACGCGAAUGAAAUUCAACAUGAUGAGUCAUGUAUUUUUUUUCUUCUAUUUUUCCCCUAGUUUUAUUAUUUUGUAAUCCCUUGUAGCCUUCUCCUAAAUUAAGUGUAUAUGACAUUUGUACAAAUCAAAUGUGGUUCAUUUCACAGAUUCUUGUUUAUGCCAUUUUUGUAAAAUAUGUUUUAAUUACAAUUAUAAGCUCUUUGCCCAAA